UGCUGCUUGCAAGAGUCAGUGGUGGAGACUGCAGAAAGUUCAGUCUAAAAGAACUAUAACAUUUGUGAAGAUGUGGUCCACGUUGAGCUUGUUGGUGCUUACAAGCAUAAUAGGAUGUGCUGAACUGAUCACGGUCAGUACACCACAGAAAUAUGUCAAUGUCACAAAGGGUGGAAGUGUCCUACUUCAGUGUAUGUUUGUGACUACUGCUGAAGAGACCACCGGCCUUACCAUCCAGUGGAAUUUUGUUCCAUCAUCCACCUUGAUGCAGCAGCAAGAAGACAUACAGGUCUAUUACUAUCAAUCAGGAAAGGAUGUCAUUCCAAGACCUUACGAGAGCAGGCUUCAGCCUCCCCUUUCUCCAGGCAUGACCAAAAAUGCCUCAAUAAUAAUGAGCAACAUGCAGCCAUCAGAUGCUGGAACCUACACCUGUGAGGUUCAUAACUUUCCUGAUGUGGAUGGACAGUCUACAGCCAAUAUCUUUGUGAAAGUUCUCGAGAGGCCCUCCGCUCCUUAUUGCUCCGUCCAUGGUGAUGUUGAAUCAGGUCACCUGGUCACUCUGACCUGCCACAGUGAGCAUGGAAGUCCGCCUCCUCAAUACAUGUGGACCAAACUGGACCAGAAUAAGGCCAGAAUGCCUGUACCGGGAUUGACAACCAAAACUGGAAUAUACAAGAUCAGCAACAUAUCCCAGUUUCAGUUCGGGGAGUACCAGUGCAACGCUACAAAUGUUGUGGGAUUUUCAACUUGCACUAUAGAGCUAAGUCCUGAAGUGGGAGACGGAGUGAUUGCUGGUGCAGUGAUUGGAGCGUUGCUCGGGUGUGUCCUUAUCAUCCUGGUUGUGUGGUUCAUCGCUCACACUGUGAAGAGGCACAAAUACAAGGCAGUGAAAGCAUCAGAGGGCAACGAGAUGAAGAGGAGCUCUCACCAGGCUCAGGAAGCCACAGACAGCGUUCCCGUGGCAACCACAGCCAGCAACCUUCAUGCUGAGAGAGAUGAGCCACAAGCCUAAAAAAAAGGGCCUGUUGAAAACAACUGGAGCUACGUCACUAAUCUGAAUAACAAGAUGUCCAGGAUGUUCAGUCUUUAUUAUACGUCAUUCUCUGAUUUAAUCAAUGUUACGAAGCACAUCUUCAUGUUUGAUGAUGUAUUCUCUGUGCUUACCAUAAAUUCAGUCUUAUACAGCUUUUUUUCAUUUGCCAAAUUGUUUUUUAUCACUUAAAACUUUGAUCUGCAGAGGCAGAUCUUCUUCUAACAUUUUUAUAAUCCUACUUCUUUCAUUUGUUUUACCAGUUACAUAGUGUGACAAUAGAGUACAGUAUAAAACAUACAGUAUAAUAAUACAGCAGACUUUUAUAUUGUAACUCGUAUUUGAAUUUGUUUCAUGAAUCACUACACAAAUGUUUUGUAACACUUACAGUAUAAUGCUGAAAUGAUGAGGGCAGCAUCUGUAUCAUGCAAUUGAUAACUGUUGAUCUCUGCUGUCCCCCAAAUAAUUGCAGUUAUACUGAUAUAUUCAACAAACUCAUUGCAUGUUUUUAUCUUUUAUGAUUUUUUUUUUUUUUUUUUUUUUUUGAUAUAGUGACACAUUAUUGGGUUUGAACCCAAACAUAAUUCCAUACAUUCAAAUAGUGUCUUUAAAAGGAUAAAAUAUCUCUAAUUCCUGAAGGGAAGAAUGACUGGGCCUCCAGAUUAGUCCUUAAUUGAUCUUUGGCCAUACAAAUUGUCAAGCAGCUGUGUGACUAGUGUGACUAUUUUGUGUGUUUGCAGGUCCUGAUUAAAUAAAAUACAGGGUUUUUUGAGUUGCUGUGUGAUGUAACUCUUCCAGUGUGACCGCAAUUGACAAUAUCAAGUAUCAUCAAGGUAGCAGCAUACUUACACUUUUUAUUCCCGUAUGAAUUAUUAGGAGAGCAGUGGUGACAACUUCAGCUGUUUUAUUCCUGGGCAUAAAGUAGAAGAUGUGCCAUCGACUCAUUGAUUUGAUCACAAACUAUAUUAACAGCUGAAAAUUAAUUAUGGACAUUUUUUUUUACUACAGGAUUGUGCCAACCUUGUUUAUUUCACCAUUAGUAAGCAAAUAUUGAACAUCUCUCUCUCUCUCUCUCUCUCUCUCUCUCACUCUCUCUCUCUGUCUCUGUGGCACAACCAGAUCCAUAAAUUUAGUGCAAAUCAACCUGGCACCCCUCUACCAAUGCUGAGCUACUGUCCACAUAUUUAUGAUUAUUUGGCAAGUGUGAAGGCAGCAAAAAGACCUUCAAUAUGUUUCCUUUAACUGCUGCUUGACAUCUUUAUGGAGCCAAAUGGUGAGUUUACACACACCACCUUAAUUUUAAUUAGUCUUACUCAGGUUCCACUUUAUCUGAGAACAGCUACUGCCAAACUAAUUUGGAAUGAUAUAAAAGACAGCCAUAUAGUACCACAACUGAAGUAGAAUGUUAAAUGUAAAAUAUAGAUUGUUAGGGACUAGUUUGGCAGAAUUUAGGGACAGUUUCACUAUUAUACAGUGAGACAAACUGUCAUCAUCCUAUAUUAUAUCCAAUUAUCCAAAAGUGAACAUAGCUGGUCUCAGGCUUCAGUGACAGUAUUACUAUAACUAUGUGGAAAAUUUAAAAUUAUGAUAAGGUUUAAAUCUCAAAUAACUGUACGUUAAAAAUAAUUAUUAAGUUGUAUGUGAAUAUGUAAAUUAGACGAGACAUUUCGUAAAGUAAUUCUAUCUAAAUCUUAACAAUGUCGGUCCUUGCUUUGCAGACUGGCUGUAAGUAUUCGGAGUCUGCCAAUUACAAGAUACAUAAAAGUGUUAUCUGAUGACUAUAUCACAUCUGCAGACAGUUGUUUAAAAGUGAUUCUCAAAAUCAUCCAUUUAACAGUAAGCAUGCAUUUAGACUGAAACUGACUGCACAGAGACACUGCACACACCUCACCA